GGCACGUCACAUGUUGUAGUUACAGAUGGUCCUGUGCUUGUAGUGUCUACCGUACAAACACACAACUGCUCAUCAGAACAGCAAGUCAGUAGGUUUGAUACUUUGAAACACUACGCGCAAAAAUGGCCCAAUGCACGGAACCGUCUACCAGCACCGGGGCGAACGGAGAGCUGAAAAAGCCGAGGAAGGUCGCUGUUAUCACGGGCAUCACUGGACAGGAUGGCUCCUACCUGGCUGAGUUCCUGCUGGAGAAGGGCUAUGAGGUUCAUGGUAUCCUGCGUAGAUCCAGCUCUUUCAACACUGGUCGUAUUGAGCACCUGUACCAGAACCCCCAGACACACACUGAGGGAAAGGAUGGAACUACAGGUGGCCACAUGAAGCUACACUAUGGGGACCUGACAGACAGCACUUGCCUGGUGAAGAUCAUCAACCAGGUCAAACCUACAGAAAUCUACAACCUGGGAGCCCAGAGCCACGUCAAGAUCUCCUUUGAGCUGGCUGAGUACACAGCUAAUGUGGACGGUGUUGGUACCCUGCGUCUGCUGGACGCUAUAAAGACGUGUGGUCUGACCAACAGUGUUAAGUUCUACCAGGCCUCUACUAGUGAACUCUAUGGGAAGGUCCAGGAGAUCCCUCAGAAAGAGACCACACCGUUCUACCCCCGCUCACCUUACGGUGCUGCUAAGUUGUAUGCUUAUUGGAUUGUGGUGAACUUCAGGGAGGCCUAUAACCUGUUUGCUGUCAACGGGAUCCUCUUCAACCACGAGAGCCCCAGAAGAGGAGCGAACUUCGUGACGCGUAAGAUCAGUCGUUCUGUGGCGAAGAUUCACCUGGGCCAGCUGGAGAGCUUUAGUCUGGGUAACCUGGACUCCAAGAGAGACUGGGGCCACGCCAAGGACUACGUAGAGUGUCAGGGAGUUUGUGGAGAAGUCCUUAAACAUGUGGGCAAGACCAUUGUGUGGGAGGGGAAAGAUGAGAACGAGGUUGGUCGUUGCCAGGAGACAGGGGUGAUUCAUGUGAAGGGGUGGACCCCAAGUACUACCGUCCUACUGAAGUGGAAUACCUGCAAGGUGAUAGCACCAAGGCACUGACAAAGUUAGGCUGGAAAGCAAAGAUCACUUUUGAGGAACUGGUGAAAGAGAUGGUUGAUGCUGACAUCCAUCUCAUGAAGAAUAACCCUAACGCAUAAAACCACAUCCUGUGGAUCAACCCAAACCUAGGGAAUCAUCUGAGCACUCCUGACCAGAGUGCACUGCGACUCAACAGUCGCACCAUGCGGUGAAAAGAAUAUAAAACUAGUCUGGAUCAUUUUUUUCAUCACUUUGCUGUCCCAAACGAAGUUACUCAGUCUGUUUUUUUGCCUUAUGCUAUGGUGAGGGAAGAUUAUUCGAUGCCUUUUAAAUAAUGCCAUUCCUUAUUUUUGUUUUUAAUCUUAAGAUAAUUUUUCACGCUGAUCAUGAUUUAGUAGCCUAUAUGGUGAUAGGACUUUUAAUUGUUUUUAUUCGYCACUGUCUCUGGGCAAUAUGGGAUUGUAUUGUUGUCUUGUGUUUGUUUGUUUUAAUCGCCUGGCAUAUAGGUCACAGGUUGCAGUUUGUCCUUUUAGAAAUAAAUUAAGUAUAACUUUAAUUAUUUGUUAUUGUAAGAUGACCAACAAAUAUGUUUUAGAUGUUAUUCAGCAUUUGUGAAAUCUUUUGUAUUCCCAUCUGACAUAUUUCAUUCAGAAUAUAAAAAAUUUGGUACAAUAAAACUUGUUCUUUUGAUACAUUA